AAAUCCUCCAAUCCAUUUUCCCUCAAAACCUUCUCGUUUCUUAAACCCUCCCGGCCAACACCCACCACCCCAACAAUGGCGACCCCUCGCUCACUCUACCGUACCCUCCUCCGCCCCUUCUCCACAACCACUAAACCCUCUCGCCAUUUCUCCGAUCCCAAGAAGGAGGAGGCGAAGCUAGCGGAGCUGCGCAGGUACUACAAUCUACUGGUGCUGCGCAGAGACUACGUGAAGCAUGUGAAGGAGGUCCGCGUCAAGUCCAUCAUGGAGGUGGAGCUCAUGAGGCUCGAGAUGCUCCGCGUCGACGAGGCCCGUAAGGAAGCCCAGAAUGAGCAGACCAGGAGGCUCAAGGCCGAGGCCGUCAGGGUUCGCGCUCAAAAGCGGGAGGCUGCCAAGCACGAGACGGAACAAGCACUAUUAAAACAGAAAGCAGAAAAGCUUGAGAAUUUGAAGAAGAAAGAAAUGCUUAGGGAAGAAAAGAAAAGAGAGAAGAAUGGACUGCUGCGGCAGAGUUCCUCUGGGAUCAAGGAACCAUAACUGGAAAAGAAGAUCUAGAAGGCAUUGUUGAUACCACACCCGUUUGAGUCUAUUUUAUUUCCGAUAUGUCCAAAUUAUGCUAUAGUGUCACCAUAUGAACAAAAUAAUCAGGACGUGUUUUCUACCUUGUCCAAAUAUUAUUUAUUCCUUCCAUCCUCCCAAUAACAUCCGAACCACAAUCG